GGAAUAAUUUUAAAGCUUAUAUGAUAAACUAGCCUUUCAGAUUUGGUCUGGCUCUUCCGCCUUCAUAACACUUUCUUUCGUUUCUAGCUGUCGUUAUUGGUUUACACUCAGUGUUGCACAGAGGGUAAAACAGGGUCUACCGUUGCUAGCUGGUGGGAAACUUCUCUGGGUCUUCCCGCUGCAUCUGCACCUGCAUUCUAUUAAGAACACCUUCCAGCACCAGUCAUAGCGAAAGCGCAGUAUCAAAUGGUGAAAAAUGGGCAUAGCGUCACUCGAACGGGACACUAAAGGCGGCACAAGGUUUACUGGAUGUACCAGUAUCCGCGAAUUCGAGUUCUUAGGCAAACUGGGUGAGGGCACCUUUGGAGAAGUCUAUAAAGCGAGGGCUAAAAGAGAUGGCUCCAUCGUCGCGCUGAAAAAGAUCCUCAUGCAUAAUGAACGAGAUGGCUUCCCAAUCACAGCCCUUCGGGAGAUCAAGCUACUGAAAAUGUUGUCCCACACCAACAUCAUGCAGCUCAGAGAAAUGGCCGUGGAGCGAAGUAAAGGAGAGGGUCGCAAGAAGCCCAGCAUGUAUAUGGUUUUCCCUUACAUGGAACACGACCUAUCAGGACUUCUAGAAAAUCCGGAAGUUCAUUUCUCAGAGGCUCAAAUCAAGUGUUAUAUGAUUCAACUUCUCGAGGGAUUAAAAUAUUUACACGGGAAUUGUAUCCUACACCGCGACAUGAAAGCUGCCAAUCUACUUAUAAGCAACCAAGGUAUUCUGCAGAUUGCCGACUUCGGACUGGCACGUCCUUUCGAUGAAGCGCCCCCUCAGCCAGGCAAAGGGGCGGGCGAGGCCAAAAGAGACUAUACCACAUUAGUCGUGACUCGAUGGUAUCGUCCUCCAGAACUGCUUCUUCAGCUUCGACGUUAUACUUCUGCGAUAGAUAUGUGGGGUGUUGGUUGCGUUUUCGGUGAAAUGUUCAAAGGAAAGCCGAUUCUUGCUGGUAACAGUGACCUUAAUCAGGCACAACUUAUAUUCAGCCUUGUGGGUACGCCUACGGAAGAGAAUAUGCCAGGAUGGAGCUCUCUUCCAGGUUGCGAAGGCGUCAAGCAUUUCGGCAACAGACCAGGGAAUCUCGCAGAAGUAUUCAAAGAUCAAGGUCCUAUGGCCAUAUCUUUGCUUACAGAGCUCUUGAAGCUAGACUGGCGAAAAAGAGUGAAUGCGAUUGAUGCGCUGAAACAUCCUUAUUUCUCGACACCGCCACUCCCAGCACGUCCAGGCGACCUUCCGAGUUUUGAGGACUCUCAUGAACUUGAUAGACGAAGAUUCCGUGGACAGCGGGCUGCUAUGCCCCCGGCACCUGCUGGAGGCUCGGUGGGUAUGAGUCGAAAUGGGGGAUGGUCAACUAAUUCAGGGAGCAGAACAGGCGCUGAGACAAGAAACCCUCGCAUUUCUAGCGCUGCCCGGAGCCAGGGGAAUCAACUUCGCGAUGCUUGGUCCAACGAACCCCAGCAAGCUUGGCAGCGAAGGGGUAAUGAAGAAUUGAAAGAUCCUAAUCACAGUUUCUCGUCUCGGCAUAGAGAUGGCGGGCUGCCGCCUAAACCUCCCGCCCCCAUUCAACACUCCUGGGCGUCAGGCCAUUCCGACAAAACAGGACGAGAUCGGGGAUACGGGGCUCGCUACGGCGGCCCGGAAGGGAGUGUUGAUUCCUACGUUCCCAAUUACGGCGGAAGCGACCGGAACCGCGAUAGGGAUCAGGGGACUGCUAUUUCUGACAGGCGUGGCUCUUAUUAUGACAAAUCUCACCAAACGAGCAAGCUCGAUUAUUCGAGGGAAAUUCCGUCGAGAAGACGAAGUCGCAGCCCCAACUAUAGAGAGCGGGUAGACAGGGGUCCGUAUCGCCGGUGAAGCUACCGUCUACCAUAAAACUUAGCUAUGUUCAAUCGACUACAAUUCCACUCAUGCUCUGCGACAAUGGAAUUC